CUGCAGCGCCAGUUCUGAGGGACCGCAGAGACCAUGUCUGACACAGAGGAGGCGGUGGAAGAGUACGAGGAGGAGCAGGAAGCAGACGGAGCCGUGGAAGAGCAGGAAGAGGCAGCGGAAGAAGAGGCUGAAGGUGAGGCUGAGGCUGAGGAGGCCAACGCAGAAGAAGACGGACAAGAAGAGGAAGCUAAAGAGGCUGAAGAUGGCCCAGUGGAGGAGUCCAAACCCAAGCCCAGGCUGUUCAUGCCCAACCUGGUGCCACCCAAGAUCCCCGAUGGGGAGAGAGUGGACUUUGACGACAUCCACCGGAAGCGCAUGGAGAAGGACCUGAACGAGCUGCAGACGCUGAUCGAGGCUCACUUCGAGAACAGGAAGAAGGAGGAGGAGGAGCUCGUUUCUCUCAAAGACAGGAUUGAGAAACGGCGGGCCGAGCGGGCCGAGCAGCAGCGUAUCCGGAAUGAGCGGGAGAAGGAGCGUCAGACCCGCCUGGCCGAGGAGCGGGCCCGGCGAGAGGAGGAGGAGAACCGGAGGAAGGCCGAGGACGAGGCCCGGAAGAAGAAGGCUUUGUCCAACAUGAUACAUUUUGGAGGCUACAUACAGAAGGCCGAGACGGAGCGGAAAAGUGGGAAGAGGCAGACGGAGCGGGAAAAGAAGAAGAAGAUUCUGGCGGAGAGGAGGAAGGUGCUGGCCAUCGACCACCUGAAUGAAGAUCAGCUGAGGGAGAAGGCCAAGGAACUGUGGCAGAGCAUCUAUAACCUGGAGGCCGAGAAGUUCGACCUGCAGGAGAAGUUCAAGCAGCAGAAAUACGAAAUCAACGUUCUCCGGAACAGGAUCAACGAUAACCAGAAAGUCUCCAAGACCCGCGGGAAGGCCAAAGUCACUGGGCGCUGGAAGUAGAGGCAGCAGCCCCCUUAGAGGCCGAGCCUUCUUCACAGAAGACCUGCUCCUCCAGAGUCCCUGCCCUGCAUGCCCCCAGCUCCUGGGCACCGGAGGCCAACUCCUGUCUGGAUGCAAGGAGCUGGCCCAGCUGGAAGCCACCACUUGUGCCUGACCCCCACGUGCCCACACCACGCCAGUAAUAAAAGGCAGCUGCA